GUUAAGUCAAUAAUCGCCGGUGUCGCUUAAACUGCCUCCAGGCGUGGUUUGACGCAGACGUCAUCUGCGCCUAUAAUCUACCAACUAACGUAGGGCAGGAAGACAUAGGCAGCGACAGUAUCAGCAGAUGCAUCUUCUGACGUGAAAAAGGGGCAUUAUAGAAUACAGAGGCGACUGAAGCGUACUUGUUAGUACCAUAAAAUGCAUGGAUAAUAAUGUAAGGCAAAUUCCACGAGACUUUAUGCUGGGCUCGGGAGUAUCGGCGUUCCAGUACGAGGGUGCUUGGGACGAAGACGGCAAGGGACCAUCGCUCUGGGACGACAUGCUUCACGGGGGCGCGGACUUUGUCGUCGAUGGCAACAACGCCGACGUCGCGGCCGACGGGUACCACCGCUACCAGGACGACAUCAGAUUAGCGAGAGACAUCGGCUUGGACUCCUUCAGACUCGCGAUCUCGUGGCCCAGGAUUUUACCGACCGGCUACGCGAAUAAUAUUAACCGGGCCGGCAUCGCCUACUACAAUAAUUUCAUUGACGAACUGUUAAAAUACAACAUAACCCCGAUUGUGACGAUUUUUCAUAUGGACCUGCCCGUGAAGCUGCAAGAGUACGGCUCGUGGACGAACCCGGCCACGGUCGACUUCUUCUUGGACUACGUGAAAGUGUUGUUCGACAAUUUUGGGGACAGAGUGAAGAUGUGGAUUACCAUAAACGAGCCCCUAGUUUAUUGUAUGUACACCUACACGAAUUUAGAGUUUCCGCCGUUUGUGGAUGUAUCCGGAGUAGGGGAUUAUAUUUGCAUGAAGAAUAUGCUGCUCGCCCACGCUCGCGCCUACCGACUGUAUGACGAGCGUUACAGAGAGCGACAAAGGGGACAAGUCGGUCUCGUGUUAUAUUACACUCGGUACGAGCCCCUAACCGAUUCGACCGAAGACGUCGAAGCGGCCGAAGACUGCAAUGGAUUUAUGGGUGGUAUGUAUUUGAAUCCUAUAUUCUCAAAAUCUGGAGAUUUUCCGGCCGCGACGAAACUAAGAGUCGCCGCCAAGAGUGCGGAGCAAGGCUAUCCAAGAUCACGUCUGCCGACCUUAUCGGAAAGCGAGAUCAGUAUGAUAAAAGGCUCAGCAGAUUUUGUGGGACUGAAUUUGUAUUCGACUGUGUUCGUAUAUAGAAACAGUUCGGUUAGAACAUUAUAUCCUGUGCCGUCUGUGAGAGAUGACGUCGACGCUGGUUUAGCAGUCGAUCCUAUGACGGCGGAUGUGGCCUACCAAUUUAAGUCGCGACCCCAGAGUACAUACAAGCUACUGAUGAACAUAAAGGAGCAGUACGAUCCACCUGUUCUCAUCACCGAAAACGGUUAUGCAAAUCAAGGGGGCUUAGAUGAUUAUGACAGAAUAGAAUAUAUUAAUGAUUACCUCAAUGCUGUAUUAGACGCCAAGGAGGCGGGCUGCGAUGUACGCGGGUACCACGUCUGGAGCUUCGUGGAUCUGUUCGAGUGGAAAUACGGAUAUUUAAGAAGAUUUGGACUGUACGAAGUUGAUUUUUCGAGUCCGAACCGCACGAGAACUGCGAGAAAAUCUGCAAACUACUUCAAGGAUUUAACGACCACUAGAACUUUGUUCAGGAAGCAUACUACAUUGUACUAGAAUAUUGUUAUAUAUUAUUAAUUAUUAUUAUUAUUAUAU